GGCGCUGCAAAGGCAGCGCUUCCCUGUGGGACCGGGCCGGCGGAAGCAGCGAGGGUCCAGUCUGGCUGUAGUCUUCAUCUUAGUCGCACCGUGCGAAGUGCAAUGGAGGCCUCUGGGUCAUCUUCGUUGUCUGGCAUCCUUUAUUGGGCUGGUUUGCUGACCAUCGCUUACUGUGUUUAUCUGCCCAUUUCCUACGCAGUGAACGCCUUCCGCCUGUGGGUGCUGGGCAACCCGACAUUCGUGGGCCCACACCUGGGCGCCUGGGCAGUUAUCACAGGAGCUACUGAUGGAAUUGGAAAGGCUUAUGCAGAAGAGUUAGCAAAGCGUGGAAUGAAGGUGGUUCUUAUCAGCAGAUCUCAGGAUAAACUGGAUAAAGUUGCCGGAGAAAUAAAUGAGAGGUUCAAGGUGGAAACAAAAACCAUUACUGCUAACUUUGAGGACCAAGAAGCUAUUUACAAGAACAUAAAAGCAGGACUGGAAGGCCUUGAGAUUGGUGUCCUAGUAAACAACGUGGGUAUUUCAUAUACUUACCCUGAAUAUUUCCUUCAGAUACCAGACUUGGAUAAAACAAUUGACAAAAUGAUAAACGUUAAUAUCCUAUCUGUAUGCAAGAUGACACGAUUGGUGCUGCCCGGUAUGCUGGAAAGGUCCAGGGGAGUAAUUGUGAAUAUUUCCUCUUUUGCGGGACUCGAUCCAUGUCCCUUUAUGACCCUUUACUCGGCAACCAAGGCUUUUGUGGAUUUCUUCUCUCGCAGUCUCGACACAGAGUACAGAAGCAAAGGUAUCACUGUGCAGAGUGUUCAGCCAUAUUUUGUGGUUACAAAAUUGUCUAAGGUUCGUGAAGCCACGUUUAAACCUACUCCUGAACUGUUUGUAAAAUAUGCCCUCAACACAGUUGGCCUAGAAGCCCAGACUUCUGGAUAUCCACUUCACGCCCUUGCAGCCUGGUUUAGCAGAGCCAUACCCAAAUGGCUUCGCAUAAAGCUCUUGGUAGAUGCGUCCUUAAAAGGAAGAGCUCGCUAUUUGAAGAAAAACAAGGCAGACUGAACUAUGUUACCUUGAAAAGGUUUUUGGUGGUUCUGUAUAUGGUAUAAAUUCUUUGAAAAUUGAGGUUUUGAGGUGGGGUGGGGUGAGGGAUCAGAAACCAACAUGCACUAAGAGAAAACAGAAGGGGAGAAGGGAAAGGCAAUGAGCAACCAGUAGACUGUUCUUGAGCUUGAAUGUAACCUGAAGAAUAACUACUACUAGUAGUUACUAAUUCUACUGCAAUACAUUUUCCCCAGCAGAGCUUGAGAAAUUAUCAGUGUGAGGCAUCUGGUAAUGUAUGUCGGAUUGCUCUUUAUAUUUUAUUUAAUAAAAAUGUGCUAAUUUUUG